AUGGCAAAAGGGUCAGCUGCAUCUGCUACGACUAAAUACUAUGCAAUAUCAAAGGGCAGAAAGGUAGGCAUUCUAACAAACUGGGAUGAUUGCUUGCACUCUGUCAACGGGUACUCUGGUGCUACCUACAAGUCUUUCAAAGACCCAAUUGAAGCACACAACUAUCUCAUCAACCAACCAGAUUAUAUACAAACAUGUUUAAAACGAUUCGAAAAGAAUAGUCCUACCAUCUCUUCAACCUCUCCUCAACCAAUCACACCAGCAGCAGUACAAGUACCUGCAUCAAUACCAAAAACAUCAUCUUUAUCUCUUUCUAUUGUACCGUCAACUCAACAACAACAACAACAAGUUGGAUCAAAAUCAUUCAAGACUGUUAGAGAAGCAAAAGAUUAUUUUCUUGAACAGAUUAGUCCAACCAUUAUUCAUAAUCCUCCCCAACAACAACAACAACAACAACAAGUUCACGAUACCGAUAAUAAUAAUGGUAUAAUUAUCAAAAAGGAACCUAUAGAUAAUGCAAUAAUGGAAUUUAAUGUUGAUGAUCUUUUUGAUCCAAACUUUAAAGUAAAUAGUUGUGGUGGUGCUGGUGGUGGUGGAGUAGGAGGAGGGAAGAACCUCAAACAAUGCUCAAUUGAUAACUUUGUAACCUCAAAAUCAAAUUCAAUUGAUAAAUAUAUUGUACGUGAUGAUCAAUCAACAACUUUGGAUACAUUUGUAAAUGAUAAUGGUGAAAGAUUAGAGUUGACAUACAAAUUGACUAUAAUUAAAAAUAACUCUCCUCCAAUAACUCCAACCAUUAAUAAUAUUAAUAAUAAUACUAGUUCAACAAAUAAUAAUAACAAUAAUAAUAAUAUUCCUCCACCAAUAUUUAUUGCUGGUAAAAUAACAAAUCCAUCAAAGUCUAUUACUACAACUACUUCGACUACAACAACAUUGGCAAAAACAAAAUCAAUGAAAAGAAAAGAGAUGCUCGUGAUAGAAAAUGUAUUGGACAAUGAAGACCAAUCAGAUGAAAAUACAACAGAUGAUGAAUGUUUUGAUGAUGAUUUAACAACUGAAACAUUAUCAGAAGAACAAAGAUUUGUAUUGGACCAUGUUUUAAAGGGAAAUAAUAUAUUUCUUACUGGCGGUGGUGGUACUGGAAAGAGUUAUCUGUUGCGUAUCAUGAUCAGUUGUUUGAGGAAAAAGUUUAAAGUCAAUGAAUUGUAUGCUACUGCCAGUACUGGUGUGGCAGCUGUCAAUAUUGGUGGCACUACAGUACAUAGUUUUGGAGGUAUUGGUCUUGGAACCAAACCGGCUGAAACAUUAUACUAUCAAAUUUGUAACAAUAUGAAAGCAUUGAAAAGAUGGACUAGUUGUAAAUGUUUGGUUAUCGAUGAAAUAUCAAUGAUAUCAAAGACUAUAUUUGAUUUAUUGGACUAUUUGGCAAAAAGAAUUAGAUCAAAUCAAGAACCAUUUGGUGGUAUUCAAUUAAUUGUAGUUGGUGAUUUCAGUCAAUUGCCACCUGUCGUAAACGAUCGAAAAGCAUUACAACCUGGAGAAAAGAAACAAUACAUGCAUCAACAAUUUUGUUUCUUGUCACCCGCAUUUAAACAAUUGUUUACUCAAAAUUCUUUUAAUCUUACACAAGUCUAUAGACAAUCAGAUACUACAUUUAUCGAUAUUCUCAAUCGUAUCAGAUUUGGUAUUGUUAAAGAUGAAGAUAUUCAACUUAUAAAUGAUAGAACCUCAAGACCUUUAUCAAUUACUGAUAAUAUUAUUCCAACUAUUUUAUAUCCAAAAAAAGUAAAUGUUCAUGAAGAGAAUAUUAAACAACUUGCAUUGAUUAAUGAAAAGGAAUAUACUUUUAAAGCUGAUGAUUAUGGUGACCCUCAACAUAUGGGUUUUACAAAUUGUCAAGCCCCUGAAAUUGUUAAAUUAAAAACUGGUGCUCAAGUUUUACUUAUGGUCAAUCAAGAUUUUAAGAAAAAACUUGUAAAUGGGUCACGUGGAGUCAUUGUUGGAUGGGAAUCAUCUAAUGAAAGCAAAGAUGAACUGUUGUUACCAAUAGUCAAAUUUAAUAGUGGUAUUCAAAAAACAAUUAAACGUCAUACAUGGGAAUUGGAAGAACGAAUCCUUUACAGAAAAGAAGAAAAGGUUCGAGAAGUAAUUGCAUCGAGAACUCAAAUACCUCUUAUUCUAGCAUGGGCUAUAUCUAUUCAUAAAAGUCAGGGUAUGACCAUUGAUAAGCUAUCAAUUAAUUUGGAUGGCGUUUUUACUUUUGGUCAAACCUAUGUAUCAUUGUCUAGAGCAACAAGCUUGGAUGGAUUAAAUUUACAAAUUCCAAUUACAUCUGCACAUGUAUCUACUCAUGAAAAGGUGAUUGAAUUUUAUGAUCAAAUGAAAAAAAAUAAUAUGAUCAAAGCACAAGAACCAAAAAAGAUUGAAGAAGAAAAAGAAAAGAUUGAAGAAGAUAUUGUUCAACAAACAUUAAAGAAAUCAAAAACAGAGCAUGAUAUUACAAAUGACAAUCAAAAACUUUUACAAUUGGAUAAUAAUCAACAAUCAUCAAAUUCAACAACAGUAGUACCUGUUGCAGACUUUGAUUCUUUUGAUUUUUCAGAUGACAAAUCAUUUACAUCUGAUACAAAAGAUGAUCAAGAUCAAGAUCAUUCUUUUAUAGACUCUGAUCAAGAUGAUUGUACAGUUCAAGAUGACGAUGAUGUUCCUCUUACUUUUCAAGAAUGUGCCAAUAAUAAUAAUAAUAAUAGUAGUUGGGCCAAAGUAGAACAAGAAAGUCAAAUAGAUAAAAAUACUAAUAUAAGAAUAAGCAACAACAACAACACAACCAAAAAGACGACUUCACUGGUGAUUUCAAAACAAAAACCAUCUGACACGACCAUUAAAAAUAAUAUUUUACCAACAACUAAUAUUAAUAAUGAUAAUAAUAGUUCACCAACAACCAAUAAUAGUUUACCAACAACUAAUAUUAAUAAUGAUAAUAAUAUUUUGCCAACAUCAACAAUUAAUAUUAUUGAUAUUGAUGAACCAGAAAUAGUAGCAACACAAGAAAUGGUAGUUGGACCUAAUAAUAUUAAUAAUAAUAUGGAUAUUGAUUUUGAUUUCGAACUUGCCAAUGAUAAUAAUAAUAAUAAUAACAACGAACCGGGAAUAGUUCAAACAUCAGCUCAACGUGAAAUUGUAUCUACCAACUCUAUCAAUAAUCACAAUGACCCAGAAACAGUACCCAAACCAACUCCAUGCGAAAUUGUAUCUACCAACUCAACCAAUAAUAAUAAUAAUAAUAAUAAUGAUAAUAAUAAUAAUAAUAAUAAUAAUAAUAAUAAUAAUAAUAAUAAUAAUAAUAAUAAUAAUAAUAAUCAACCAGAAAUAUUUGGUCCUAAUAGCUUGGAAUUCGAUUUUGAUGACCCAGAAACAGUACAAACAUCAGCUCCCUGUGAAAUUGUAUCAAACAAUUCAAUCAAUAAUAAUAAUAAUAAUAAUAAUAAUAAUAAUAAUCAACCGGAAAUAGUACCAACUCCCUCGAACAAUAUUAAUAAUUUAGUCGAACCCCCAAUCAAUAAUAACAAUAAUAAUCAAAAUAAUAAUAAUAGUAAUAAUAAUAAUAAUAAUAAUGAUAUGGAUAUUGAUUUUGAUUUUGAGACAACAGUUGGCCCUAGUGUAGAAACAAAUCAAAUCAAACAAGCCAAACGACCAGUUAGACUAAACCUGACUUUAUCCAAAAGUAAAACAUUGGAUAAUAAUCAAACAAAGUCUAACAACAACAACAACAAUAAGAGUAAAAGGAAAAUGAAUAGAGGUUUAUUAGGAAUUCUCCUAAUUGGUUUAUUGAUUGUUGCUGUAAAUGGUUCAAACAGAAACAACAAUAAUGAAGAUAGAGAAGGAAUUUCUCUCCAAACUUCAAUAAUCUUGAGAAAAUAUGCUUUGGCUCAACAAAUCCAAGAGUUGAAUAGAAUUUUGAGAGAUUUGUCAUUAUCACUCGACGCUGAACAAUUAAGAGCCUUGGAAGAACAUGAAAAGAAAAUCCAAGACCAAGAGGCAGGUGGUAUUUUUGGAUUUUUAAAUGGAGUUGACAAGACUGGUGCUCAAACUGGAACACCAACUCAAGCUCAAGCAUCAAACCAAGCUACAAUCGGUAGUGCCCAAGGUGUCAUUGGUAACAAUAUCGGUGACUCUACCGGUGCUCGUCUUACCCUUCAUCAAACCAGUGCUGGUGAUGAAGGAGGUAUGGGUGGAAUCCCAUCCUCUACCGGUGAAAAUCCAAAUACCGGUGAAUCAGUCCAAACAGGUAGAAAUACUCAGGGAGGCCAACCAGUCGAAGGUAUCACUCUCUUUACCACCAAAGCUGGAAAUCCAAAUGGUUUGUUGUCAAACACUGUAGUCACUGCUGCCCAUACUUUGGCCAAUGUUAUUGGUGGUCGUUCAAGUGGAGGAAUUGCUGCUUCUUUGGGUGCUAUUGAUCAAACUGUUGGACAGGUACUUGGAGGAACUGUAGGAUCAAUUGGCCAAACUGGAGUCACCAACCAAGCAACCCUUGCCAAUUCUGUUGCAAGUUUAUUGGCUGGAUCGAGAACCGGUAGCUCUUCCCUUGGCCAGUCUAUUGGAAAUGCUAUUGGAGGUCCUGUUCAAACAGUUGGAAAUGUCAUAUCUGGUCCAGAUGGAACUAUUGCCCACUCUAUUGGACAAAAUCUAGGUCAAACUGUAGUUGGAGAUGGUGGAUCGGUAGGGUAUGUCAUUGCAGGAAACUUCCAUGUCUUAGGAAACAUUCCAUUCCUCAAUCAUGCAGUCAUAGUCAACUGCUUACUAUCUUUUAAUCAUAGAAAGAGUAGAAUAUCAUUUUGGGUUAAUAAUCAGAAUAACUUAAAAGAAAAAUUGUUAACAACGAAUACAAGUCCUAUCAUAAUUAUUUGGUGUAGCAAGCGCAUGCCUCCACAAGUCAAUGUAUACUUGAAUGCAAUCCACCAGUAUUGCAAAGUUUCCAUCUCUACUCGUUUCGUUACUCAAUCAGGCUAUCUCAUUCACGGCCCCAGUCUCUUAACCAAGCGGUGUAGAGGUGGCUCAAGAUUGUCAAUGCCUCACCCUAACUUUUGCACUCCAUUCGAAAAGGACACCGAGACUAAAGAAUAUUAUUCCCAAAAAGAAUGGUUUGUUUCACCGUCAAAGAUUGAUGAUUCUGAAGAAAUUGUUUUCACUUCAUCUUCUCCACCAACAUCAUCGUCGACCACAGCGAAAAGAAAACUUUUUGGCGAUAAUACAACUGUUGAUCCAACACCUGCCAAACCAACGCCAAAGGCUUCUGGAAAGAAGGUGACCCCAAAGCCAAAGCCUGCCAAGAAGGCUGCCUCACCUUUUCCAACAGCAUCAUCAUCAUCGUCCACAGCCACCUCAUCAUUAUCCUCUACCACUCCAAUGGAUCUUGGUGAUGAUCAAACCACCUCUACAACUACAACUAUUUCUGGUUCAAAGGAGUAUUAUUAUGAAACAAUUAUCAGCUUUUUAGAGUCAUUUAACUCUUUUUAUUAUGUCGCCGAGAUGAGAGAGAAAUUGAAUCUCCCAUUAGAAUGCAAUACUUUCUUUCGUACACUGGCAAACCAAAAGAAAAUUGAAACAUCAGUGGUUGUAAUGAGAGAACAAAAGGGUUCUUAUGCCUUUGGAAAAAAGGAUCUCAAGUUUGAUGCUACAACAAUGAACAACAGAAUUGCAUUGGAGCAAUCAUUUAAUAUUUUCUCCAAUGGAUGGAGCGCCAUCCACCAUUCAGGCUUUCUUUUGGGAUUGGGUGGAUAG